AUGACCAAGGCCUUGGGUUUCUGGCGGAGCGCGCGACUGGUGGAGCAUCAGCUCCCUGCUUCGGUGCUUCUACAGGAGCCUGCGGACUAUUUCAUCUCACAUGUCUGGCAGCCUUGGGACAAGGCGCAAAGCCGAGAUCAGUGGGCGGAAGAGAAGACCUCUCUGCUCAAGUUCUGGGCGACGACGCGCAAGGCGCUCGGUGAUGACAGGAAUGGCAAGCCGCCAUGGUUUCUGCUCGAAAGCGAUCAGGAGCGGCGGGAAGCGUUGUUAGAUCCCACCCGGGCUUGGCACAACAUGCGCUGCUGGGUGGACAAGGCCUGCGCCCACCGAGGCUUCGCCACGGGCUGCCCGCCUCAGGAAGCGAUCCGGGCCAGCAAGGAGGCCAUCGCGAAUUGCCACACCUUUGUGGCCCUGGUCAGCCACCCUGGCUACUUUCGGCGCCUUUGGUGCUGCUUCGAGCUCAUCUUCUUCGUGGUCCGCGUGGCACCGCAUUACCGACAAGCCGAGCUCCUGCUACCAGAAGCCUAUUUGGAGCCCUCGGCGCUCUCCGAGUUGGCCUCGGCCGCUGCGCGCAUCUCGCUGCCGUCGCUCCUGGCCGGGGGGCAAGCUCAACGUUCAGAGCUUCUCAGAGAGAUGCAGGCACUGCAGGUCAAUGAGAAGGGCUUCGAGAACUUCGUGCGGUCUACGAUGCUGGCCCUGCUAGGGCUGUCCGUCCUCCUCCGCUGUGCAGAGGGUUGUGCAGCCUUUUCAGGCGGAAACCUCGACGCGAUUGCAGAGGCCUGCUGGGAUGCCGGCUUGCGUGGGCUGAGCAAAGUCCUCAGCACGGCGAUGCCGGGCGUGUGGUGGCGCACGGCGUUUCGUCACGUGCGCCGGCGUGUCGUCAACGAGAGGCACCACAAAGAGGACCCGCUGGCCCGGAAAGACUCCUUGGAUUCGGAGGAUGAUCGACGUGCAGAGCAUGAUGUGAGUUCAGGCGAAGGGGAGGUCGAGGAGGAGGAUCCUCUGGAGAUGCUCGCCAAUUACGUGAAUCAGAAGUUCUUCGGAGGAGCGAAACAAGCCCCCGAGGCGCAUGAACACCAUCUUUUUGGAUUCGGGCUGGAGGAAGUGGAAGAGGAGGCAUCGGAGGAGGAGGAGAAGGAGCAAGACCCCGUGAUUGAAGAAGGUGGGGGCCCUGAGCCGCAUGUGGAGGGAGAAGAGGAUCCUGCAGCGGAGCCGCGGUGCAGUCCGCGCGAGGCUGGGGAGUUCGCGGCCAACUUCUGCAAGGCGGUCGCUGCGAAAGUCGGGCCGUCAGAGAUGGCUCUGGAGUUCGUACGCCGGCUGAGCAACGCGGGCACGCGGUUGCCUUCCCUGAUCGAGGUGGCUUCAGAAGACACUGCUGAACACACGGCUACAGGCCCGGAGAUGGACGGGAUGCCCUCACGCGGCCAGGAGGAGUCCAAUGCCUGGAAAUGCGUGUUGGCCCGGAGUGGUCUCGUCGUCGCCCCGGGCUUCGAUGACUUCUGGCAUGGGGCGACGGGCGAGCAAUUGGAAGCAGACACGCGGGCGAAUGCCCGAGUUUUCUUCGAGUCGUGGCAGCUCUACCGCCGCCGUGUUUGCAAGUGGUUCGACAGAAAGGUGGUCCCGCAGCUCGAGGUGUGGCGACAGCGCGGCGUGAGGACCAGCGGCGUUUUGGAGGAAGCCUUUCGGGAUGUCUUCCUGCAGGUGGGUGGCUCCGUCCAAGACGACCUCCACCGGCAGCUGCUCUCUCCAAAGGAGGAGCCCAAAGAGAUGGUAGAGCAGCGGCCUGCCGCGUGGACGAACCCGACACUCGGACGCCUCCUUGUCCUUUCGCGGCAGCAGAAGACUUUCAAGAACCACGCGAGUGCGCUCGGAGGCGGUGCGGACGCAGAGGAUCUUUCGCUCCGACCCGCCAUUCUGAUGAGCACGCUGCCGCUACGAGUCGCCGAGGAGCCGACGGUGAGUGUGGUGUGCGCACGACCGCUGCAGGGUCCGCCAGGCUGGCGUCGUGCCAUAGCACUGCAGUCACUGGGGGCACAAGCUCUCAGCGCGGCCGUGUACCAGCUCUUGGUGAAUUUCACCUCGGAAGGCUGCACCCAAGAGGGCGUCGAAGCCGAGGUUCUGGUGCCACGCCUUCUGCUCCAGGUGAGAGGCGCCAAAGACUGCGAGGUGGCGUGCGGUGUCCGCAUGACUGGGCGUUUGGAGGCGCAGCUGCCUCCCACCACUUCUUCGGGACCAGGGCGUGAACGGGACGAGGAGCCCGAGCUCGAUGGCACCUGCCGCACGGAAGUGGAUUCUUCAGGCUCCAGCAGCGGAACGGAGACGUUGGCCGAGGAGGACGGCAUCGACUGGUCCUCGUGGGUCUACCAUGUCGAUGUGCAAGAGGCUAGCUGCGCGACACCUGACCAGGGUCCACCCUCGCCGCUCCCGACUGCAAGGAAGCCGGCCAGUGCCAGUCCGGGUCGCCCCAUCGCGACGCCAAAAUCACCGCGGGUCGUCAUUACCGAGAUCCAUCGGCCGGAGUCACGAGGCGAGCGCGCGAGCCCUUCCCCAUGCCAGAGUUCUGUGAGCCCUCUGCAGGGCCGCCUGAAGCAUCGCACUCGCAAGUGGUGGACAGAACCCACCGGCGCGGCGGAGAAACUCCUUCCACGCGGGGCGCAGGGCAAGCCGCAGAAGUUGCCACUCAUCCGUGAGCUUCGCCUUUGGCGCCCGGCAGCCGAUGUGCAGCGAGGCCUCGAGCGCACCUGGCCAGCGCCCCGUCGCCGCGUCUCGGGAGAGCAGCUUCCUGCUGUGGAGUCCGCUGCUGCGCAGGUGGCAAAACAGAUGGCGCUGCUCCCCAAGUCUGCCAGGCUCAAGAGCAUCGAUGCCUGGAAGCUGAAAGAGUCGAAGUGGCUCUGGCGUGCUGUUUGCGAAGGCGGGCCAACGGACCCCAGCCGAGCCUCGCAGGAAGAGGAGAGGUUGGGCAGCCUCCAGGAUCACUUCCAGCAGCUCUACCGAUGCGUCCAGCAAACUUGCUUCGCCCAGUGGGUGGCACUCAACUGCGCCGCGGAAGUGCAGGCACGGCCAGUGAAAUCUGGCUGCUAUGCAGGAGGUGGUGGCUCCUUGCUUCCACCGCAGAUGAAGAGCGAACGGCAAACCAGUGAGGCGCCGCAGCUCCACUCGCCCGUCACAGCCAGUAGUCAUCCUUGGCCGCUGGACACCUCGGAGCCUUGCGACCAAUGUGGGCAGCGGGCCUUGGCCUUCUUCAUUCUGCAGGGCUCCCUGAUGCAGCACAUCUGGGAGUGCGAGGCCUGUGUCGUGUGCCUCCGCUGUGGCCAUGCCCGUCCAGACAGCGGAGAGACCCGUGCCCAGACACUGCAGGGGGAGGAAGUGCUAGAAGUGACGACCUCUCUGCUGCUGCGGCCCGGGCGAGCCGAAGCAGUCCAGCGCUGCAUUGCGCGCGUGCUGCGUGUAGAGAGUUCUGUCUGCUGCGUUGGUAUGGUCAAGGAGGCUGCUUCUGCCAAGCCCACCAGGGCCACCUGCCGAGUGGCUUCAGUUUCCUUCGGCCUCGCAGACGCGACACUCGCUGCUGCGGCCACGAUCAUGGCCAGGUCAGAAGACCUGGACGACCGGGAGAGGAGAUCGCGGCCAUUCGCCCACGACAUGACCUGGAUCACAUCAAGCUUGGCUGAGACAGGACUGGACUUGCUCUACAACAAGGUGCGCGACCUCUCCGUGGAUGUGGCGGUGGAGGAGCUCGAUGAUGUGCGAAUGCUCCGGCUGCGAAAGGAGGUAUGCCCUCUGAUCUUGUGGCUGGAGCUCGCCUACGUCCUGAGUCCGGAAUUCGACCUCAUCCGCUGGAAUGGGGCCCUGGCUAAGGUCUUUGGCACGAUCAAGCUGCCGGCUGCUGUCUUGAUGCGAAUGAACAUUAGCAGGCUGCGGCACAUGGCUGGAGCCGGCAAGCUGCAGGACUCGGAAGACCGCCCGGAGGACUUUGUGUCGUGGAUGUGGCCGCUCGCCCUGCAUCGGGUGCUGGUGGCGCCCAAGACAGCCUCCCAGGCCACGUUGGCAGCUGCGAUGCACGGAGCAGGCCUGAUGGAGGAGGGCGUCGCCACACUGCGCCAAAAGGGCCGAGCACUGCAGAAAGAGCACUUCGCAGCCGUGGAGCUGGAGUUCGAAAAGGAGUUCGACGAAGGAAAGCAGGAUGUGGGCAAAGUGUCUGUGGCCACCAUUAUGGCCAUCCUGUCCAAGACGAGGAACGUCUUCGGUGCAUCCAGCACACGCGCUCUGCUGCAGGCGCGGCGCAUCCUCCGCAGAAAGCAGGUGUUCCUCUACUUGCGGCGGCUGCACAGCAGCAUCGUUCUUGAGACGACGGAGGAGAGCCCAACACGGCACGGUAAUUCUGAGGGCUCGGAGUCCGAGGCCACGGAGGAAAGCAACAGCGAGCAAGCUGAGGAGAUGCAGGAGGACCCCACUGAUGAGGACCUCAUGAUCCACGCUCCCUUCGAGCCUCUGUCGGACGAUCAACGCUACCCCCUCUCCGGGCUGACAAUCAUCAAGGUACUUGGCCACUUCCGUGAGUAUGUCCACUUCUCUCAGAUGGCGUUGAUGUCGAUUCAGGUGCUGGGGGUGAUGGUGCGCUCGGCCAUCCGCCUCAACAACAAGGCGAGCACCUCCAUCACCUCGCGCAGCCGGUCCCCGACAACGUCGGCCACGGUUAUAGAGCAGGUCAUGCUGCGCAACGGCUUCAUCGAGUCAGCCAUGCGGGCGCUCUACCGCCACGCAGGCACUCCGGAAAUCUGCCGCGAGGUCUUGCUGUUGCUGAAGUACCUCGUGCAGGACGACAUGGACCACUGCGAGAGUGGCAAGGCUCAGCUGCAGCUGCUCACCCCGGCAGAGAGACCCAUGACGCUUGUGCUCGCUAUGUCGAGGCUCAGCACCCGGCAGGAUCGUGGAAACCUCCUCUUAUGCCUGGAGGUCUAUGUGUCCCUCGGGCCGCAUUCCUUUGAAGCAGCUACCUCUCCGCUUCCUUCCCAUCCACCUGGUCCUGAGACGCAGGCCUCAGGGAAAGCCUCCCGGAGAAGCUCCCGGGCCUCCCGGGCCUCGGACGCGCACUCGGCUCCGCCGCUUCUACGGCUGCCGGCCCAGCGCGAAGCUGAAGCUGCCCAGAUCUUCGUGUCCAUACUCCGCUCGCACUGGCAGGACGAGGUCAUCACCCUGCUCAUGCUGAAGAUCAUCCAAUUUUCGUGCGAACAGCCUCAUCUGUGCCGCCAUCUCUUCGCCCAACGCCUCGCCUCGGAGCUGCGCCGAUUCCUCCGCCAUGCCGGCGCAGGCGAAGUGGAAGAGGCCUGGUUCGAGGAGAUGAAGAAGCGAACGGGCAUGAGCAUAAAGGGGAAGAAGAGUUCGGGGCGCUUCAAGAGGAUGAAGGAGCUCACCUUCGCCCGGGCUCGGGUCACUACGAGCCUCGCCUUGGCGGAAUCCAGUGGUUGGCAGCUCUUGUAUACACUGGCGGUGAACACGGCUGGGCGACCAGGGGGGAGCCACCACGCGGGUGAGCUGGAGGCCAGUCCGAACUACGCGAAGGAUGUGGCCAAGUGCAUCCACCAGGCAUUGGAAGAGAUGGACCGUGGCGGCUCCCAGUGGAACCUGGCUGUUCAUUACCUCGAGGCCAUGCUGCUCUUUGACCUGCCGUCACACGGAGACUGCUUUGAGGAAGAGGGUGGCCUGCAGCUCAUUCUGGCAGAGUUCCCGGAUGGCAAGGUGGCCGAGAUCUACCCGCUCUUAGCGGCACUCUUGCGGCAUCACCUGAGGAGUGUUCCAGAGGCCACCGAGGUUUAUGUGCUGUCGGAUGAGGAGGAGGACCCGCUGCAGCUUGGCCGCAGCGUCUCCCUCCCACGUCCGGUCAUCGAAAGGGCAGAGGAGGACGAAGAGCCGGAGAAGCCGAAGAAGCCAUUCAAAGCCAAGACGAGGCCAGUGGCCCGGCGACAGACCCUUCCGAUGCCGGACUCGCCCAAAGGCGAAUUCGUCAGCAACACGGAACGUCUCCUGCACAAGUUCAAGGAUGCGCUGGUCAAGGAAAAUGCGGUGUCCUGCCUACUCAGCGCCUUCCUCCUGAACCACAACAUGGACAGCAAGCUCCAGGACGGGCUCCUCCGAGUCUUGGCAGACCUCCUGCAGGACAAGUCCUGCGGCGCAUCGGAGGCGGCAAAGGAGUUUCGGCUGUUCGGCGCGGAUGGUAGCAACGGGCCCCGGAUUCUACUUGAGCUCAUGAACGGCAACCUCAGCAACGCAGAUCGAGUGACUUCGACUCUCUACGCCCUGACUGGGGCCCUGAAGCUCAACUCAGGCGUUGCCGAAGCCAUGGCAUCUGAAUUGGCAGCCAAGCUGCUCAUCGAAGCGGUUUGGCAAUACCGCACCUGCAAGAGCAAACGACGACGGGGCAUGGUCUUGCUGAGGAAGAUCCGGGAUGCGGACCCCGAUCUGACGGUCUCCAUGCUCCGGCGCUGGAAGGCUCACGUGGCACACUUCGAGUCGGACCAGGGCAUCGGUCCACGAGUCGUGCCGGGCAGCACCACCCCCAGCGUGCGCAGCGAGGACGAGGCCCCAGGCGAGCCGGAGGAGGCGGAAGCCCCGGCCAGAAGCAACUCAGCACAGGCGGUGGCGGAGAUUCAAAGCCCGCUUGCGGUGGAUCAAGGCGCAGCCUCCAUGCCAGCGGCACUUUGGCAAUCCGAAGGCAGUGGGGCUGCGACAAUGGAGUGGAAACGAAGGCCGAGAUGGACGGGAGCACCGAGGUCAAGCCCCGGGAGGAAUCGAUGCCUCCGGUGGUCCGGAGCACCUUGGAGGAGGAGGGCACUGCGCUCCUGGCUGGCCUGGCUGAGGUCCGAGAUGCUGAGAUGGCGUUCGGCCAAGAGCGCGGCGACCCGCAAGACGAGGAGAGGUCGACAGCAGGCGAAGCCCCGUCGAAGGAAGCGCCGAAAGUGA